UAUUUUCUAAACAUUCUGUGUCUAGCGACAAAUAUCCCAAAUUUUAUGAUUAAAUUAUUUUGCUUUGACUCCCUUUGAGAAGCUCCGGUUGCUGAGAUCGAAUCGAAGCAACCGAAAAUGGCCGAUUCGCAAUCAGGCAGAGAAGAAAAAGUAUCACCGGCCACAGCUGUCUUACUUGGAGCUUUAGCCCCUGGUGUCAACGCUCCUACAUGGAAUGCCCUAAAAUCAGCAUUUGUGAUGCUAGGUCUCUCCCUUGUUGUGAUGAUGAUUCUGGCAAUCACCUCUAGUGAUUCUUUCAUGGCGCUUCACGUCGCUUUACUUGUUAUUAUCACGGCCACUCUCUUCGCUCUUCUCAGCUGGUUUCUUGCGGAGACUGGUUUGGUUUCGAUUGAAAGCCAAAUGCAAGACAUGAACUUAGUACCAAAUGACAAAGACAAUAAGAAAAAAGCAUGAGCAACAUGGGAGCUGAAGCAAGAACUUCAUUUCUGUCGAGUGCUGCAAUGUAUUCAAAUUUUGGAACUUCUCUAUAUAGAGAGCUACGGUACUGGAUUUGAUUUUGCCACCCUUCUCUCUUUAGAUGCUAUUCUUACAUUUUACAGAUAAAAAAGAUGCCUAGCGUAUUCAUUCCAUUUAGGCUAUUAUGGUUUA